AUGCUAUCGCAGCCCUUAGCUCCCCUGGGCAGUCCCACGCCGCGUCUGCAAGAACGGCUGCAUCUGUCGCCUGUGACACCACACUCCAGGCACCUCGGACACCGCUCGCAAUUGCCGGUGAGCCCUGCGCCCUCGCCACCACCAUUGGAACUGCAAAAAGGGGAGAGGAUCUCUCCUCGACCGUACCUAAGCCCGCAGUUGCGGGAGGCCGAGCACUCCAUCGACUACCUUUGCCACAAGUACGAGGCUUUGUCACGCCAGCUCAGCCGCGAGGAGCAGGCACGGGAAGCUGCAGAAAAACGCGGACGACAGCUCGCUGCUGAGUCCCUUGAGGCCCAGAAGUACAAGGAGCAAAGCACUGAUGCUUUGAUCUCCGAGCUGACAUCCCGUCAGGCAGCGAUUGUCAGUCUCCGUGAGAAGGCGGGGCUGGCGGGCCAGCACGCAGCCCAGCAGGCCUACUGCCUACGGGAGGAGCAAGCGGCUGGCGCUGCUGCGGAACAGCGCUGCGCGAACCUCCACGAGGAGUGCCGCCAGAUUUCCGAGCGAUACGACCAAGCGGUACAGAGGCUAGCCCUGGAGGACCGGGAGAUCGCCCGGGCACGCUUCGAGGCGCAAAGCUCGAGCCGUCGUUUGCGUCAGACGGAGGCCGACAUGCAGGUUGUUCGGGAGGAUCUGCGAAUCGAGGCGCAGCGACAGCUGUUGGCACAGCAGGAGCUGCACCGAUUGGAACAAUUGGUGGAGGCUACUAUGCAAGAGUUCUGGAUGGCGGAGCAGCAAGUCGAGCGGCAACAGCAGGUCUUGGGUCAAAGGCACCAGGAGAUCAAGGAGGAGGAUGCCGAGCUUCUGGCUCUCAAGGAUUCUGUCAGAGAAGUGCAAGCGGAGAUGCUUCGGUUCACGCGACAGCUGGCACAUGUAGAUGAUGAGUGUGGGAAGCUCGAGUGGGAGCUCAACGACGUGCGACAGGCCCUCCUCGCAGCGGGCGAGGAGGUCACCGCCCGCAGAUCCGACCUGAAGGCGCAGAGAGAAGCUGGAAAUUCCCUGCGCAGUGAGCUUCUUGGGCUCGAAGCAGGCCGGCUCUCCAAGGAGCAGGAGGUGGAAGCAUUGCGAAGAAGGAUCCAGGAGGUGGAAGCUGCGAUAUCCGAGUGCAAAGACCACUCUGUCAAGGCCUUCCGCGAGAAGGAAGUCUGGAUCCGGAAGGUGGAGGAGCUGAAGGCCGAGGACGCUCAACUCUCUGCGGUCGCCAGCGGGCUUCGUCGCGCGGCUCAUGCCGGGGCGCUGGCCACAGAGGACGUGCAGAGCGAGCUGCAAGUCGCCUUCCGAAGAAGGGAGGCGCUGGUGGAGGAAACCACGGCGAACCGGAAGGCCAGCGCGGCCUUUGCGGUGCAGCUGCAGCAGCUGCGGCCCGAGAUCGCCGAGGCAGAUGAGCGCUGUGCCCGGCUCGAAACCAGCCUGGUGCAGAAGUCCAAGGAGCUAGAGGACGAGCUGCUCCGAAAGCGAUCGCUGCAGCAGGACGGAGCUUGGUGCAGGAUCUGGAUUUAG